AUGGAGGUUCUGCGAGCUGAGGUGGAGUCUGUUCUGAAGGAAAUUUUUGUAGAAGAACGAGCUGCGAAUAGCCAUAAUGCUGUUCAGUCUGAAGCGAUAGAUGUCAUGGAAAACUUUGUGUUGGGGAGUGGAAAGCGAUUGCGACCACUGGGCUUACUCUCGUUUUAUAUUGGAGGUGGCGGGCAACUCACAGACCCCGAAACCAAAACAAAAAUAUUAAGACUUGCUGCAGCGAUGGAAUUAAUGCACGACUCGACCUUAGCCGUGGAUGAUGUGAUGGAUGAAGACGAGUAUCGACGUAACCAGAAAACAGUUGUGAAAGAUUUACUUGACCGAUACGUCUCAAGACGUCCAGACCAAAUAACAGGGAAGUUUCUUUUCACAAGCACUGCUACUAAUUUUGCUUCUUCAGUGUCUGUCCUCAUCGGUAAUCUACUCUACUGUAUGUCAAUGAAACUAUGCUUUGGAUUUCCAAAAUACGUCAUAGACGAGGUCGUCGAUCUCUUUGUUGGACUCAAUUAUGGCCAAAUUCUCGACAUGAGCAAAUUGGAGACCUACGAUGAGUACAUCCUCAACGUCAAAUUUAAGACGGCAAUCUUCUUUAAGGCAAUUGCGUCUAUCGGACUCUAUUUGGCAGGAAGAAGUGAGGAGGACAUUAAAGUAGCUCAGUCUUGGGGCGAUCACUUUGGCAUUGCCUUCCAAAUGCGAGACGAUUUGAUCGAUAUCGACGCUAACAGUAAAAUGAGGAAACUCGGGAGCGAUAUUAAAGAAGGAAAGCGAACAGCAGUAGUGUGGACUGCUCUUCAAGAUGGCGUUCUUAAUGCUGAAGAGAAGACUUUUACAGAAGAAAUGUUGGCAAAGCACGAGAAGGCCUUCGACGAUAAAGAAAUGGCCGACAAGUUCUUGGAAAUACUCAGAGGAAAACCGGCUGAAGUGAUGAGAAAGGAGAUUUCGCAACACCACAACGACGCAAUUGAAGACCUCAAAAGACUCAACUUGACUCAACCAUCCUUCGAUUUCUUGAAGAAGCUCACUGACAUCCUUCUUAAUUGA